GCACGAAGAAUAUUGUGGAACAAUACGUCUUGGGCCGUAGUCUCUAUGGAAUGCCAGGAGAUAGACGGAAACGUGCACAUAACGGGGAAUCAGAUACAGCAGACGCAAAGCGAUACCAGCCUGACUCAACUACCGGCGACGCCCAAGGUGCGCAGAUGUCGCAGCAGAUGCACUCAGACGCCCCCACCCGUCCAGGCGGAGCAGGAGUUGGAGGUGACGGUGAAAAUUCGACAGAGCUCGUUCAGCAGAUUUUGCGCGUACCUCGCGACCACGGAGUGGUCACAGUCUUCCGUGACAGCAAAAUACUCACCACAUGGGCCUACGCAAUGCUGAAGACCAAUUUAGUUUAUGACACCGCGAAAACGUUUCCAGGAGUUCUGACUAGCCUGUCACGCUUGCCAGUGGACCGGCCGUAUCUUUACAUUCCUCACGGCACCUACCUUAACCUACCAGCUCACACAAGAGCUGUUAGCUGCUCUGUCAAGGUAACCCCUCAUGGUUUACACACGUCAUGGAAGACUGGCUCUUCGGUUGUCCAACCCGUCAACUCUGACAUGCUAGUUUAUGGCCUUAGCUCCGUCGGACUGAACCACUACUUGGAUACCGGCAUGUGUCGUGUGAAGAAAGGCGAGACAAACAACCCGAUGAAGCCACAGUCUUAUUUACCAUUUCAGGAGAAGGACCACUCGGAUCUGGCUAAGAGCUACUGGGGUCUAAAGAUCACACCCGGAAACGAGGAUCACGAUGGCGAUGACGAAAAGAGCAUACCUGCGUGCAUGGGUGUACCACGUCACAACUUUGCUUACGACUUUAUUCACAUUGACAAGGCAAGUCCCCGCUUGACCAAGUUCGUAAACCAGUUUCCAUUCAAAGGUCACGUGGGCAAACCUAUAGUCAACUAUGAGUACCAGUUUGGAAGUGACGCAUGGCUAAAGAUGGGUCCAACUUAUAACGUGGGAAACGAGUUGCUCGUACACACCUUGGCCUGCCUGCUGACGUUGUAUCCUACACCACUAGCAACAUGUCAAACUACGAAUCGUAGGAGCAAAAGCCAGAUACCAACAUCACCAUGCGGCUUCGACCCGACGAUAUGCACACGCCCCACGUGA